AUGAACGUUUCGUUUUCGACAAAUUCUCUAGGAAUUCCAGCGAAUUCGAGUAGAAAUAGAUUGAUGUCAUUGAGAGAAAAUACGAAGGUUGGUUGAGUUUUGAGCUGGGGAACGUUUUGAUACCAAAUAGCUAUAGGAAUUUGAAUUUUUAUAUGAAAAAACAUUAUGUUCAAUGAAGCGCACUUGCAAUUUUCUGAUUUUUUUUGUGAAUGUUACUUGGCACGAUCAUUUUGAUACCAAGUAGCUAUAUGAAUUUGAAGUUUUGAGAGAAAGACCUUAUGCUCAAUGGAGCGCACUUGCAAUUUUCUAAUUUAGAUACCAUAAUUCAUAAGAACUAGUUUCGUUAGAUCGAAUUUGCUAAAAGGUCCCAAAAACCACGUGUUCCAUAGGGCGCACAGGCCGAUUUCUAUAUGAAAACGGGUGAAUUCGCGAAUUUUGGAUGGAGAUGACGAAAAAUCGGAGCUACCAUGCUGAUUUUCGAAGAAUAGCCGGAUUCUCAAUAGAGCGCACUUGAAUAUUCGCAUAAUCAACAAGAUAUAACCUACAAAACCACCCCCCUCCCCCAAAAAAAAACUUGAAAAAUCUCACGAAAAGAUUGUUCUUUGUAGUUUAUAGGGUCAUCUGACACGUGGUAUCCUAUAAAACAUAAAACCUAUCAUCAUCUCCCCUUGUGUUUCCCAAAGUAUUGUUAUUUUUGUUCUGCCAAUCCCGCUUCUAUCAAAUUCCGGUUUCUCAUCAUCAUCUUUAUUGCGCAUCACGCAUCUUAUCGGAUUUUUUUGCGUCCACCAGAAAAUUUCAUUUUUAUCUCGCGCCUUAUUGUUUGGAUCUUAAUCUGGACACUUUUUUUUCUAGACUUAAUCUAUAAUAUAAAAUGGUUCCACAACCAGUGCAUCGUUUACAUUCAAUUGAUCAUAAAGCUGAGGAGGUAAAAUAUUGUCUAGGGUCCAAAAAUAGAGAGUUAACUUAACUUGGGCCCCUCAAAAGUGCUGAAAACCCUAGAAAUCUCCAAAUUUACAGAGCUCUGAAGAAUGGAAAUCGUCAACGAAACGCGAAACAUUGGGAUCGCUCGAAGGCGAGUUGGCGAAACUCUUGUCAACAUCCAGUGCCGAAAAAUUGGAGUUGAAUCGCACCGAAUUGUCGGGAUUCCGAAAUUUGUUUGCGCGAUUUUUGCGCGCCAAACCGACGGUCGAUUGGCAGAAAAUCGAACCAUUGCCCGAGGGAUCGAUUCGACCGUAUAAGAAUGUGAGUUUUGAGAGGGAAUUUGGGCGAGAAAUUCGAACUAUACGAAAAUUCAAUAGGAAAACUAGAAAACUUCAUUAUUCUGGGUACGAAUUCAUAAAAGUGGUGUACCAAAAAUUAGUGAAGAAAAUUUUUUGGUACGCAUUAUUGUUGAAAAAUGUGGGAGCCAUAAAAAUAACAACCAGUGCACUUUACUUCGUCAGUCGCGUGCGGCUAUGCGUCGCGGUCGGGAAACAAAGGAACAAAUGAUUUAUUGUUUCCCGACCGCGACGCAUAGCCGCACGCGACUGACGAAGUAAAGUGCACUGGUUGUUAUUUUUCACGGCUCCCACAUUUUUCAACAAUAAUGCGUACCAAAAAAUUUUCUUCACUAAUUUUUGGUACACCACUUUUAUGAAUUCGUACCCAGAAUAAUGAAGUUUUCUAGUUUUCCUAUUGAAUUUUCCUAUAGUUGGAAUUUCCCGCCAAAAUCCCCAAAUUGAUGGGAGAAAACUGAAACUCGCUACAAUUUAAGCCGAAAAUCUGGUUUUUGAACGUUUUUCCUUUCAAAUCAACUAAAAAUGAUAGAAAUUCGAAUAAAAUUGGGAAAAUGUCACGUUCACGUUUCGAAAAAACACUGAAUUCCCCAAUUUCCAGCUUACACCAGUCACCGAUCGUGAUUUGAUCGCCGCCCAACUCAACAAAUUGGUCGUCGUCAAACUCAAUGGAGGAUUGGGAACAUCGAUGGGAUGUAAGGGGCCGAAAUCUGUCAUUUCCGUCAGAAACGACCUCACCUUCUUGGAUUUGACGAUGCAACAAAUUCAGGUAGACUAGAUUUCCCCAAAAUAACAAAGAAAAGUGGAAAAUUUUGCAGACACUCAACAAAACGUAUGGAGUUGAUGUUCCAUUGGUUUUGAUGAAUUCGUUCAACACCAACGAAGAUACUGAAAAAGUGUUGCGCAAAUAUGCAAAUGUCAAAGUCAGUGUUCACACUUUCUCACAAUCGCAAUACCCAAGAAUCAAUCGUGAAACUUUGAUGCCAAUUGUUAAGAGUUUGGAGGGAGAGGAUAAUGAAUGGUGAGUUUUUUCUCUACAUUUUGAUAUGAAAUUUGUCAAGCUUGGGGGUGUUUUAAUGCGAAAAUGCGAAAUUUUGAAAUUUUUCGAAAAAAAAAAUGAAAAAUAAUCCGAGAGAAGUACACGUCGCGGCGAGACCCGUGUGAAAAAAUAUGUGCGCCUUGAUUUUUUAUUUUCAAUUUUUUUUCGAAAAUUUUCAAAUUUUCGGUUGUUUUGAGGGAUCACGUAUUUUCAAUCGAGGAAAUUGCUGAAAAACCUACGGUGCGAACCCCUACGUGUGUGGUGCAUUUGUGCGUCAGCGUGUUUGCACACAAAAUAUCUCUGCGCAAUAGCGUCUCUCUUUUUCGCACGCUCUCUCUUAAAGGAAAUUUUUUCAAAAAAGCAAUAGGGUCCCGUCACGAAUACCGCGAGAAAAAAGUUACACUAAAUCCACCACUCGAACCUUAUUUCGAUGCAGUUUUUUACGUAGAUUCUAAUGGUGUAUAUAACUUUUCAUAUGGUUCAGCCAAUCUGAGUUUUUCCAUUACAAACGGUUCAUGUCCCUUUAAACUGGCGUUGCCGUUUUUUCUUCAGAAAAAAAAUGCGUGGGAUUUCGGGGUUGAAUAGGAAGUUUAAAUGCAUAGGAUUUUGUGCAAACUGAUUUUACAUAUUUUAAAGUUAUUUCCAGAAAUUUUCAAGUCUGAAAAAUAAUUGAAAAAACGUUUUUCUAUAAAUUGAAUUUUCAGCUGGUAUCCACCUGGUCAUGGUAACUUCUACGAGGCUUUCCACAACUCGGGACUUUUGGACAAAUUCUUGGCCGAUGGAAAAGAAUAUUGUUUCCUAUCCAAUAUCGAUAACAUGGGAGCCACAGUCGAUUUGCAAAUCCUGAAUUUCGUGCUCAACCCAACCGCCGGACAAGUUCAGCCCGAAUUCUUGAUGGAAGUCACCAACAAAACACGUGCUGAUGUCAAAGGAGGAACUUUGAUUCAAUACGAAGGACGGCUUAUGUUAUUGGAAAUUGCUCAAGUGCCAAAAGAUUAUGUGGAUGAGUUCAAAUCGAUUAGCAAAUUCCGUAUUUUUAAUACAAAUAAUUUGUGGGCGAAAUUGGAUGCGAUGAAACGAGUUGUGAAGGAGAAUCAAUUGGAGAUGGAGGUGAGUCUUUUUUGUCAAACACACGGGAAAAUCUUUUUUUUUACAAAAAUCCCAUUUUCCAGGUUAUCGUAAAUCCAAAACACUUGGAUCGUGGACUCGAUGUAAUUCAACUCGAAACAGCCGCCGGUGCCGCAAUCAAAUCAUUCCGCGGUGCAGUUGGUAUCAAUGUUCCGCGAGCACGUUUCCUUCCAGUCAAGAAAACCUCGGAUCUUUUGCUUUUGAUGUCAAAUUUAUACGAUAUCGAUAAUGGAAGUCUGACACUUUCACAUCAAAGAUCAUUCCCAUCAACACCAUUGGUCAAACUUGGUUCAUCAUUCGAUAAAGUCAAAGAUUAUUUGGCAAGAUUCAACGGAUCGCCCGAUCUUCUCGAACUCGAUCAUUUGACGGUUUCCGGUGAUGUUUGGUUUGGAAAAGAUGUGUCAUUGCGAGGAACUGUUAUUAUAAUUGCGAAUCAUGGUGAAAGAAUUGAUAUUCCGCCUGGAAGUAUUCUUGAAAAUAAGAUUGUUUCGGGAAAUUUGAGAAUUUUGGAACAUUAA